ACAACAUCCAAAAAGCUAGAAAAGAAACAAGAAAUGGUGUCAACAAGUUUCAGGCAUUUUGUGCUUGCAAUCAUGGUCCUUCUGCUAGCCACGAAGGCUUGUGAUGCAAAUAGUAAUGAAGGUUUCAAGAAAGUUGAAGCUGAAGCUGGAAAUGGAAUUAUGCCGCCAGGAGGAAAAGAAAUGCACAAUGCAAAGGAAAUUUACAACGCUGGUCCCAGAGUUGCUGCAGAUACUAGUGGUAAAUUUGGAGGAAGAAAAAUGAUGCUUGAGAUAAAGGGAUUGAGUAAUGAAGUGAAGCAAGAGGAAAGCAAGAAGACCAGUGAAGAAGCUUCAAAGAUUUCAGGAAGAAAUGACAGGAGCAAAAACUUAAAGAAGUCGGCUGAGCGUUCUUUACCACAAUCUUAUAACCAGUAUGACAGAAGACAUUUGAAGGCCAAUUCCAAGAAUGAAGCAAGCUCAGAGACUGCAGUGAAAAGGCCAAGUGAUCUCCCAAAACCUGACCAACUCUGCUCCCAAGAAUGUGCAACUGACUCAAAUAGUUGCAGCUCAAAAUGCUCAUCAGUAUCUAAAAGUUCAGUUUCAAAGAAAUCAGAUCAAGAUCAAGAUUCUGAAAAUCUUGACUCUGAAAAACUGCUGAAGGCUGCAAGUCAGAUUGUAAAUUUGAUGAAUAAAGACUACCGAGGAGAUGGAGGUCCUCGUCACAGAUCCCCAAUUAAUAAUCGUGAGCCUUUGCAUUGAGGAAUACUAGUGUCAGUGUAACAAUAUGCCAUAGAUUGGCUAUGUGCAUCAUCUAUACACAACUAACCCAGUUUUGUUUAGCUAAUCUAGGGGACAAAUACGUAGAAGGAUAUAUUAUUGUUUUGUUUUUUAUACCAUGUAACCAAGGAUAGAGUAGUAACUCUCAGUACCAGUUU